AGACCGGCUCCAGGCUGCCUGUGAAACUGUAGAAGAGUUAGGACGCGGAUGUGUCGAUGUAUUUUCGCCGGGUUUUUGUAGUUUUCUUCGUAUUUGUGAUUUUUUAUAUCGUGUGGAGUUUAAACGGUAAAUAUAUAUUAAGUGUGUGAACCUUUGUUAACCAUAAACCUCGAUACUGUGUUGUUUUAUUGCAUUUAGCUCGCUAACUUCAUAGCCUUCAAUAGUCCUCUCACCUGCUCGUCCAUUUCUGUACGUUUGACUGAAACUGCAUCAUAGACUGUAUAUAGAAUAUUAGAUAAAGUGUUAUAGAUAUAGACUGUAUAUCUGGAUAUUAACAUCGAGGUUUUAUUCAUCUACAGAGAGGAUGUCUGAGCAGACUCUUGACUAUUUCCUCAGUCGGAAUAAAAUCCAGAAAAGAGAUGGUGCUGAUAUCAGGUGGUCACACGCUGUGAACAGCAGAGACAGUUUAACAGAGGCUCUGACAGGUAAACACACUUUAUUAUUGCAUGUUUUUUGUUUGUUUGUUUGUUUGUUUUUUGUUGUUGUUUUUUUCCAUUAAACUUAACAAUAUGAAUGAAAACACAAGCUCUGACAGAUAAACUUGCUCUUUGUUGGUUGCAUGGUUUAUUUACAAAAAUAAUGAUCAUAAAUGGGUAACAGGCUCUGACAGGUAAACUUACCUUUUAUCAUAUAUUUAACAUUAAAAAGAGUGGAGUAAUGAUUUUGGCGUGUCUGAUGAGUAAAUAUGUGUUUAUUUUUUUCACUGGCUAUGGUUAAUUGAGAAGUAUUUAUUAAUACUUAAUAAAAAGUUUUAACAGAGAUGAUGUGUUUUAGUCCUGUUUAGAAUAACAUCGAAGUCUCCACAUUUAAUACCAUACUCUAUACAAAUUAUGUCUGGCUUACUGCAAAGGGAAUUGACCACAUGUACUUCAUAUAAAACAAGGGCUGAGAUGAUAUGCUUUUCUCAUGAUUCUUUUCUUCUACGAUUUUUUGGAUGCCAAAAAUUGCGAUUUUACAGUAUUGUCAUUUUUCUUGAUAUUUAUUCUGCAUUUUUAACACCAGUGAAACAGUUGCAUGAUUAUGAUUGUCUACUGACUAUUUCAGGAACCAUAUUUCCCACAAAAUACACAUCAGAUGAAAGUCAGUUUUUGAGAUUUAUUCUUAAAUUUGGAAAAAAAAAAAAAAAAAACAAUUGUUGAACAUAAAAAAAACGAUUUGAAAAUUGUAAAACAAAAAAUCGCGAUACUUCCGUAAAUCGAUUUUUUCUCCCACCCCUAUUUAAAACCAUUCCAGUUUUAAUAUUGAGCAUCUGUAAUAAAAAAGAACCUAAUUCAACCUGAAUUCAAAGGUUGUUUAUCUUCUUUAAUAAGCCUGAUUUACUAAAUAUAAUCUGAAUUUCCGUUAAGAUGAUGAGUGUGACAGCUUAACUGUGAGAAUGUUUAAAUUGUGAGGUUUCCCCCCUAAAAUGGAAAAAAGCAAGGAGACUUUGAGAUGUUUUUGAGAUUAAUUUGUUUACCAGCAGAAUGACAUGGGAUAACUUACAAAAAACACAUUUAGUUGUUUUUUUUUCCCAUGAGGUCCAACUCACAUGCUGGAGGCUGACGUCAUCAUUCGAGGUGGUGACCCCAGAGUGCCGAUCAUGGCUCAUCCUCCUGCCACAGACAGUGACAUCACACUGAGAGAGUGGCUGGAAACGGUGAAGGAGCAUGAAAAAGGAAUAAAACUGGACUUUAAGAGGUUAGAUGAUGCUCCACUUCCCCCCCCCCCCGCAGUCCUAUCUGUGAUGUUGACUCGGUGUUACACCCUCUCCUCAGCCUGGACUCUGUGUCUCCCUCUUUGAUCCUGCUGCAGGAAGUGCUGACAGAGUUGAACCGUCCUGUGUGGAUCAAUGCAGACAUCCUUCCUGGUCCAGGGGGAAAGGCCACACCUCUUGAUGCUCAGUCUUUCCUCUCUGCUGUGAGUACUCUACCUGCUCACACUGUGCUGUCUCUGGGCUGGACCACUGGAUGGACCGCUGGAACAGAGAACCCAGGUGAGGACACUGAAGGUACUAACAUGGCUGGCCUUCUACACUUUUAUUCUACAGAUCAUACUCAGAAACACCUGGAGGGGCAAAAUAUUCAGCUGUACUCGAAUCGAAAGUUCUCUAAAGUAGUAAGGCUUUCUAAACGUAAGUAAAUCCAAAAAAAUAACUAUCAUGAAUUUUUUUUAUAUUUUAAGAAAUUAAAGAUGUAAUAUAUUCUAGACCCAUGAACUGAAAUGUUUCAAGACAUUGUUCUUAUUUCAUAAUUAUGGCCCACAGCUCAAAAAAUACACUUAGUUUUGAGUUUAGGUUCUGUUCAAACACUGUAGACAUUAUUUAUUUCUCACUCUGGUGCAUCAAGAGCCACCAUGCUCAGAUAUCUCAGAUAUAAAGAGACUACAUUUGUCACAUUCCUCUAACCAAGCCACCCCUGAGCCAGGGAAAACAAAGAACAGUCAUACCUGGGUGAAGGAGAAAAAGAACUGAGCUAUUGUUCCUUGGUCCAAAGUCCUCUUAUGGUGUGUUGUGUGUUUAUGUUGUUCAGGUUACAGUUGGGACAUGGUGCAUGCAAUGGAGGAGAUUUGUAGAACCCUCAAACACCCUGUCACCUUUCCAGUACGUGCAGCUCUAAUGGCCCAGUCGGCCCCGCAGCUCACCUGGCUGCUGCAGCAGUCAGACAGGUGAGUAUCAACCAAGAGAGGUCAGAGGUCACAUUGGCAUUAAAACAAGUGUAGCACCAGAAGAUCUCUUGGAUAAAUGAUUUUGUGUCCAUUCUGCUGUUCACAGGUACUCCCUCACAGUGUGGACCAGUUUGACUGAUGACUUCAGAGUCCAGGACUUACUGAUGUACAGGAAACAGUUUGACGUCAGCAGGAUCUACUUUGACCUGUCGGAGUCUGAAAGGACUCAACUCAGUGUGACGGAGUGAUACAUUCGCUGAAAGUUCAUAAAGACCCUCAGAGGAUUUGUCUGGGUGUGAUCUCAGGACUGUUAUAGCAGACUGACAUCCCCGGGUUGCAGUAUGGACAGUGCAACCUUAGUGGUGUAUUAUCUGAAAACUAUAAUACAUGAGAGCAGAAGUCCCUGACUUUGUGUUUGGAGCACAUAGUAGGCUGUGGGAUGUAUCUCAGGGGUCAUAUGAAAAAGUGUUUUACCAAUACUCUUUCUGUGCAGGGUUUCAGCGCCGCUCGCACAUGUCCUGCAUUCUUGAAAAGCUCACAAUCGCCAACAGCCAAUUCAGUUCACUGAAUCACAGUAACACGCUUCUUAUUGCUUUAAUGUGUGACAGUAUUCCACAUUUUUAGGAUGAUAUAAAGUUGAUCUUUAAUGUGAAACCUCAUCGGAAAAGCAGCUAGCUUAAGAUGAAUUUUCUAAUGGAUUUACUCGCACCGAUACAAGUUCAAUUUUAAUCUGAAGUUUGCUUUGGUGAAGACGCUAUGUUCUGUUGACUUGGAUUUGGGGCUUCUGAGUUGAGACAAACAGUCCCAAACAUGAUUACUUGUUGAUUUGACAAUGUCUGUAUCACAUGUACGUAAUAAACAAGAACAGUUUGUACACACGUAAACUCUGAACACUCUGAAAACAAAAAUACACAAAUGAGUAACACAAAUGAGUAAAAUCCACAAAAAAUAGUUUGUCAAAAAACAUAACUUGCAUGAAUAUUUACUUAAAGGGAUUUGCCUCAAUUUUGAUGAUAAAUUCUAUUUAUUACAAGACUGACAUGUAUUAGAGUAUUUUUACACUUGUUCAAGGAUCUGAGCUCUUCCACCUCUUACAUUUAAUCUCAGGCUGCAGGUUAAUCAUAGCAUUCAGUUAUUUUAAGCAUUCAGCUUUACAUCAAGACUUAGCCUUAUGUCUUUGGAUCAAAAUGUUACUAAAGGAAGAUUUAAAAACAGCAUAACUUUCCUAAUUGCAAUGUUUUUACUGCCUCUUUUUUAUCAUUUUAUUAAGAGAUAAAAGUCUAUUCAUGAAAUAACAUAUGUAGAAGGUUUAUAUAGGAAAGAGACUGCAAUACGAUGCAGUUAAAUGAAACACUAAAGGCUGAGUGUAUUACAGAGGUGUUGCUACUGGCAACUCUGAAUGUGAUGAAAAGUGUCUGAGAAUGUUUCACAUUUUCAAGGAUGCAGAUUCACUUACUGGCAAUUUAGAUAAAAGCUUUCUCUGAAAGGGAAGGUUACCUUUUCCUCAGUGUGAAGCUUAGGUUGAUUAUUUAUUCCCACUGUGUUAUGAAAGGUUCUGCAUAUUUAAGGCUUAGAUACAUAAUGUCUAUUUUUGCAUUGUAAACUACUGAUUGUUGAACAACAACAUGGAGCAAAUUAAAAUUGCGGGUGGAUUGUAUCGAUAAGAAAAUAUCAUUUUUUUUGUAUAAAAUUGGUGUAAACCAGUGGA